CCGUGUGAGUCUCCCCUGAGGCGGGCGGGCGGCCGGGCCGGGCGGAGGCCGCGGCCGAGCCGGGGGCUCGCGUAGAUGUGCAGCCCGGGGGAGGCCCCCCCUGGGCCGGCCCCGGCCGGGGACCUGCCCCCGGAGUGGGAGACGGAUGACGAGCGCAUGGCCUUCCUGUUCUCGGCCUUCAAGCAGAGCCGCGAGGUGAACAGCACCGAGUGGGACAGCAAGAUGGCCUUCUGGGUCGGGCUGGUUCUGGCCCGCGGCCGGCGGAGGGGCGCGGUGAGGACGUGCCUGAGGGAGCUGCAGAACGGCUUCGAGCGGCGGGGCAGCGUCCCCUUGGGGCUCGGCACCGUCCUCAGGGAGCUGCUGAGACGUGGGAAGCUCCAGAGGGAGUCAGACUUCAUGGCCAGUGUAGACAGCAGCUGGAUCUCAUGGGGUGUGGGAGUUUUCAUCCUGAAGCCCCUCAAGUGGACCCUCUCCAGCGUGCUGGGGGACAGCAAAAUCCCUGAGGAAGAGGAGGUUCUGAUUUACGUGGAGCUGCUGCAGGAGAAGGCAGAGGAGGUUUACCGGCUGUACCAGAGCUCGGCGCUCUCGUCGCACCCCGUGGUGGCGCUGUCGGAGCUGCGCUCGCUGUGCGCCGGCCUGUGCCCCGACGAGAGAACCUUCUACCUGCUGCUGCUGCAGCUGCAGAAGGAGAAGAGGGUCACCAUCCUGGAGCAGAACGGAGAGAAGAUUGUGAAGUUUGCCCGAGGCCUCCACGCCAAGGUGUCCCCAAUGAACGACGUGGACAUUGGGGUUUACCAGCUGAUGCAGAGUGAGCAGCUGCUGUCACAGAAGGUGGAGUCCCUUUCCCAGGAAGCAGAGAAGUGUAAAGAGGAUGCCAGGAGUGCUUGCAGAGCUGGGAAGAAGCAGCUGGCCCUGAGGUGCCUCAAGGCCAAGCGGAGGACGGAGCGGCGCAUCGAGGAGCUGCACUCCAAGCUGGAUGCGGUGCAGGGAAUCCUGGAUCGGAUCUACGCCUCCCAGACCGACCAGAUGGUGUUCAAUGCCUACCAGGCAGGGGUGGGAGCUCUGAAGCUCUCCAUGAAGGACGUGACUGUGGAGCGGGCAGAGAACCUGGUGGAUCAGAUCCAAGAGCUUUGUGACACUCAAGAUGAAGUGGCCCAGACUCUGGCUGGAGUGGGGAUCAAUGGGCUGGAGAUGGACUCUGAGGAGCUGGAGCAGGAGCUGGACAGUCUCCUGCAGGACUCCAGCAAGGACUCCCUGGAUCUGCCUCCCGUCCCCCAGAAGGUGCUGAGCGCCCCCAUCUCUGAUGCCGAGCUGGAAGCUGAGCUGGAGCAGCUCUCUGUGUCUGCUGGAGAUGUGGCACAAAAGACUCCCUCUGCUUCUUCUGAACCCAAAACAGCUCUGGGACUGAAUCUCUGAAGAGCCAACAGAAUCCUGUUGCUGCAGUUUGGGAAGUGUCUCCACGUUCCUGAACUGAUGACCAGAACUCCCAAGGAGAGGGGAGCAGCCCUGUCCUCCUGGCUCUGUCUUUGCUCAGCAGCAGGAGCUCCUGCCAUGACAAUCCACUCUGGCCCUGGCCCCAGCUGGUGUUUGUCAUCUGUGCCAACAUCUGGUCUCGAUCUGACUCGUGACCCCAAGUCACUGCCACAUCCAGUCUUCCCUCUGGGAGCACAACUCCAGCCAAGAUAAAAACUCUUGUGUGUCCAUAGCAGUGCUCGGUUUUGGGUUUGAUUUUGGUUUCUCUUCCUUUGCUGUGGCUGAUGUUGAGAAUCUGAGUAGCAGCAGCGUUGCAGUGGCUCAA